GGGCAGGCUCCCCGGUUGAUCAGGCUUCCCUGAGCACCACAGGUCUGCUGCACUCAUGGCUGCUCCCUGCAAGGCGGUGAUCGUCCCAGGGAAUGGGGGCGAGGAUGUGGCCACCCACGGGUGGUACGGCUGGGUGAAGAGGGAGCUGGAGCAGAUACCUGGUUUCCAGUGUUUGUCUAAAAACAUGCCUGACCCAAUCACAGCACGAGAGAGCAUCUGGCUGCCCUUCAUGGAGACGGAGCUGCACUGUGACGAGGGGACCAUCAUCAUUGGCCACAGCUCCGGGGCCAUCGCGGCCAUGAGGUACGCCGAGACCCACCAGGUGUAUGCUAUCGUGUUAGUGGCUGCGUACACAUCUGACUUGGGAGAUGCGAAUGAGCGUGCAAGCGGCUACUUCAGCCGGCCCUGGCAGUGGGAGAAGAUCAAAGCCAACUGUCCUCACAUUGUGCAGUUUGGCUCCACCGAUGACCCUUUCCUUCCUUGGAAGGAACAACAAGAAGUGGCCGACAGUCUGAAAGCCAAAUUGUACAAAUUCACUGACCGCGGCCAUUUCCAGAACACGGAGUUUCAUGAACUGGUUAGUGUAGUCAGGUCCAUGCUGAAGGUACCAGCAUAGACAGGAUGGUUCCUGCUGUCUGUGUAAUAACAUGGGAGGAGGGCAACUAUCAGAUUAUUAAUAAUCAACAGUCUCUAUUAUCAGAUGAAUACUGACACAUAAAACAGAUUCAGUUAAGGCACAAAAUGCCUAAAAAAACACACAUUUCAAUUUUCAAACAGCAUUUUUGUUCUCAACAGAAUCUACAUCUCAAAUUGCUGAGCUAAAAUAUUCUUUUUCCCACUUGGUAAGGGACAGGGGACAGCUUAACCACCCUUACCUGUCCAAAGUGAGUAAGACAGAAACAAAACCCAGGUUUCCUGACCCCCCAGUUCCAAUUAAAACAGGUUUCAUGUUAUGUUGAAGGAGCUGCAGUGCUCUCUGACAUAAAACUUUUCUUUUGUCGGGGAAAGAAAACAUGACUAAAGGUCCAGAGUGUUGAAGAGCUCCAAACACUCUUCAGUUGGGAGCUGACCCCAGAGGUUAACCCAGACCAAGGCCUUCCCCUUUGACACCUGACCCCUCAUCCCCAAACAUGUCAAGAGUGACAAACAAGGAGCUGGAGGCAGGGGUGUGCAGGGGCAGGUGGGGGACAUGAGAAGAGCUGACUGGAUCGGCGAGGAUCAGGCCAGACUGCUGAGGGCAACAGGGCAACGAACAGGGAGAACUCCUGGGCCCUGUCGCCACGUGGGAAUUUGCCAAGGUAUUGCCAAUCUUUCUGAUUUUUCAAGAAAAACAAAUUUAUACAGUGGGUCUUAUAUUUAGGGACUAUUGAGUGUUAUAUAUAUAAAAUCCAUAUGUACAUGAAUUAUGCUCAACCCACAGACAUAUGGGUUAUGUUAGUUGGCAGCUACAGCAUAAAUAAAUUUACAAACACUGAGAUACAAGGUCUAGGCCAUCCCUGUGUGACCUCUGCCUUAGGUAUUCACUUAGCCAGGUGCUGUACAAGCCUCUCUGGAAAGCCUGAGAAAAGCCUGAGAAACAGACAACAUGUCAAACGACAAAGUCAUGGGAACAAUUUGGAUUCUGUUACAAAGUCUUUAAAAAAAAAUGAUCUUUCCACGCCUCAAGUUUUGUUCUGUAAAGUGCUCUACCUUUCAGUUUCCAUGGACCUUGAGAUCUUGUAGCAUCAUUCCAUGAUUUUUCUUCUAAUCACAUUCCCUCAAAAAACCCUUUCUCAUUUCCCAAUGUUUUUUGGCUAUGAUGAUCCCUAAGUAUUGCCUCAAACACUUUCCAGUAAAUUCACACUGACAUUUGCUUCAGUAAUGUGAAUUCCCACUGUUUACACCUCAUGAAGAUUCAAAGCUGUCAUUUGAAGCUGAAGAGUCUUGAUUUCUAAAUGUGCUUUAAAAAAGUCAGGAGAGAGUCUCUAAGCUUUCAGCAGUAACUACCUUAGGGGGCUGGGAAUCUUGGUAGGUAUGGUGUGGUGGAUGUCUCUUGUUUAUUUUCUACAGCCGGGGAUGUUUUCAGUUUGCUGCGCUGAAGGUGUCUUUUAUAACUAAAAAUAAAUCUGAUGAGUUAGUGAAAAGCCAAGUAGAUAAGUCAGUCGAAUAAUUUUCUUAAGAGAGGUUGUUUGGCACUGAUAUGACCAAGCCUGUAAUCAAAGUUUGAUUCUGUUUGAAUUAUUUGGCAGUAGAAAUUGUUCUAUAUGUUCUGCCUUGUUUUCUGUAGUCCUUUUUUUUUUUUUGUAGUCCUUUCUUAAAAGUAAAAACUUAUAAAAAUAACAGUUCAUAAUACUUUUUUAUACUUUCUCUGUAGAAAAAAAACAAAUAUAUACAAUUGAGAAAUAAUUAACUUCAAUAUUCUUCACUCCUAUAAAAGUAACUUGAGUUUGGAGCCAUAUGGCGAUCCAGUUGUGCCGCUCAGCAUGGCAGCCAGUAGCCCUGGGGAGCCAGCAAGACAGCGUGCAGUUCUUCAUUCCUGGAAGCCACAGCGCAGGUGCUCUGCCAUCAUGGGUGACUAGCGGCUGCCUUGCUGAACAAAGAUACAGAGCAUUUCCAUCCCGAGAGAAGGUUCUCCGGGACAGCACUGUGCUAGAGCUCGUGACACAUUUGUCCCUCACCCACCACCACAGUCGAAGUGACUCCACUGAGUUACUUUUGACUGGUUUGUUUAGUUGAUCACGAUAAAAAUUACGGCUCCAUAAAACUUACCCAUCACCAAACUGAGAUCAGAGAAGUUAUAUGACAGAAUCCCACAUGAACUACUCAUUACAACUAUUAGAUCAUGACCUUUCGUGUUUCUCUGUUUGACUCUGUAUAUGCAGAUCAGUAUAAAGCAGAGACAGGCCUUGACAGACUCCAGGGAAUAUCUGUUUUCAGGUGAGCAAAAUGCCACACGCUAAACGGAGAUCAGCUGUGAGGAGUAGGACUUCACGUCCAGUUGGACUUUGUGAUGUCGUUGUGAGCUUAGAGCCCCACAGUUUGUUUUGGUCAGAACUUAUUCCUGUAAAUAUCCAUGUAACCAACAUCAGAGAUGCUGUAUUUUUCAAUCACCUCUUUCCUUCUUAAUAUUCAGAAUGAAAAACAGGCUAAGGGGAAAAAGUUUAAAGGGACUCUUUAGUCUGGUAGGCAAGGAAUACUUCUGGUUUAGCCACAGAUUGUCAACUUUAAACAAUCUCUGGCGCUUAAGAUAUAGUACAAAAUCUGUAUUAAAAAAAAAAAAUCUGUAUUUAAAACGCAAA